GCUUUCGUAUUUUUUGAGCACCGGACACAUGAAAAUGCAGGGAUACCUUCCAAAACACCGCGACAACAUGGCUACAAAAACACCCGGUUCUUGUGGUGGCACGAGCUUGGCUCCACAUCUGCCUUCAUGAACAUGUCCUCCCCUGUUGUGAUGAUGGCAGAUGGAUGAGGUAUUUCCAAAUUGUCUUCGAGGGAUUUUGAUGAGUAAUGUUACUCCAGUUCCGCUGUUGUUUUGAAUGGAGAAAUUCUAAAACGGAAGUUGCUUGCAGAUAUAAGGAAGUAAAGCGGAAGUACCUCGGAAACUUGUCAAUAUGGUUUGACAAUAACCUAUAACGUCUCGUUAUAUGUUCCCAACAUGCCUCUCAAGUCUUCCAGAAGGUGGCACCAUUGCUGUGGGAAUUAGGAAGGGGUGUGUGCACUCAUGUUUGUAGGUGCAUAUGUGAGUGUAUCCUGUUGACCAAAGUUGCCAGGCAGCCAGUUCAAACAGCAUGUCAGAGUUACACCAGGCGGUUGCAGCUGGUGAUUAUGACCUGGUCCAGGAGAUUCUAAGGUGUAAGAAAUGCGACCCCAAUCAGCGAGACGUGGACUGGGGCAACAAGACUCCUCUGCACUGGGCUGCAGCCAAAGGAGACGUGGAAACAGCAAGACUUCUCAUCGAUCACGGUGCCCGAUCCUGCUUAAGGACUGAACUGGGCAGGACUGCGGCCCACUUUGCCGCAGAGGCCGGUUCCCUGGCGGUCCUGAGGUUGCUGCACUCUUUCCACGCUCCCCUGGACAAAAAGGAUUCAGGUGGAGACACACCAGCACGCAUUGCCCAAAUCUACGGACACCAUGAAUGUGUGACAUUCCUUAAGAAGGCAGAGAUGGAGGAGCAGGCAUACCGAAAAAAAAUGGCCGAGAAAGAACUCUUGGUGGAUGACACUGACCAAGAAUGGGAAGAACAAAGCAAACAACGAUCUGAAGGGGAGAAUAGGGUGAUUUAAAGUAGUCUGUCCUGGACUUUUCAAGUCAUGCAAAUCUGUGACCCUUAAAAAGACAAAGUAUUUCCUAAAAACAUGACCAAUUAAAAAAUAAAUUGGACGGAAAUUAAGAUUUUGCCAUUUUAUUUGUUAGGAAAGUUAAACGCAGUAUGAUAUAAAGCUUCCUAA